AUGGAAGUAAAAAAACAAGACCACCGGGAAAUUGCCAAAAAUUUGGAUUUAUAUGCCCUUGACGAAAAGGCCGGUCAAGUAAUUACUCCUGUUCUAGGAAAUAAAGAACUAUACCAAAUUAGUGGUCAUUUAUUCCAUUACCAAGAUUACAUGUUUCCGGAAAUUAGUCGUAACAAUGAAAGCUAUUACUUGCGACCAAUGACUUGUCCUCAUCAUUGCUUAAUUUACCAACAAAAAAUUCUCUCUUACCGGGAAAUGCCUCUUCGUUUAUGUGAAAACUCUCUUUUGUUUCGCUAUGAGGCUUCGGGAGCUCUCAAAGGUUUAGAAAGAAUUCGCUGGUUUGAAUUAGCCGACCAUCACGUUUUUGUAAACAUUGAGAGUUUAAAGGAAGAAUUAAAAAGAAACUACUAUUUUAUUCAAGAUAUAUUAAAUAAUUUAGAUUUUGCUAUUGAAAGGUUAGUUUGCUCGCUUCAUGACUCCCAAAAUAAGGAAAAAUAUCACCCUGACAAAGAGUUGUGGCAAAAAUCCGAAAACUUGUUAAUCACUGCUUUGGAAGAAAUGAAAGAAGAAACGAAACUGGAAUAUUUAAUUCAAAAAGGGGAAGCAGCUUUUUAUGGUCCGAAACUAGAUUUAGAAGUAAAAGCGGCUGACGGCAAACAUAUCACUAUUGCAACUAUCCAACUGGAUUUUCUUUUACCACAAAAGUUUAAUUUGCGGUAUAUCGACAAAGAACAAAAAUUACAAACUCCCAUUAUUAUUCACCAAAGCCCGAUUGGUUCUUACCAAAGAUUUAUUUCUUUACUGCUGGAGAAGACAAGCGGCAAAUUACCUAUCUGGUUAGCACCGGUUCAAUUAGUUAUUUUGCCUUUAAAUGACCAAAAAGAAGUAAAAGAAUACAGUGAAAAUUUACAAAAAAAGUUGUUAUCUAAUAAUUUCCGCAGCGAAAUUUGGCAAGAAAAAACCUUAAAUUACCGAGUCAAGCAAGUUUAUGAAAAAAAAAUUCCUUAUCGUUUAGUGAUUGGGGAGGAAGAAUUGAAAAACAAAAAAAUUAAAAUUAGUUUACACUUACUCACCGAAGAAAGUCAACGAACUAACUGA